AUGCAGACAUCCACUGCAUCAUCAUUGCGCAGCGCGUUGCGUGGGGCCAGGCGGUGGGCCGGUUUUGUUGUCACGUUGCUUCUCAUCAUGUGGGGGAGUCUCACUGCGGUGAUGUUUCUGUACGUACCCCUGCUUUCUUUCAUGCCAACGCCGCUGGAUAUAUUUUUGACGUCAGUCGCCGCGGCGGCGUUUUUCAUGACAAUGUGGUCACUGGGGGUAUUGUUAAUGAUCCACCCGGGUUUGCCGCCGUCGUGGUUUGUCGCGGAGCGCGUUGAGGCAUUUAUGCGUGGAGUGCUGACAGAUGUCGUGACGUACGGCGGCGUGGGCAGGAUGCACGGAGAGGUGAAGAAUGGGGCAAACGAUACAGCCUACCACAACCUUACCGCGGUGGAGCAGCAAGAGUGGCUGGAGAGAUCUCAGUGCGCUCAAGAUGCACUGGCGGAUGCGCAGGAGAUGCAGGCGAUCAACAGUAACCCCUAUUACAAUUCGCCAAGCCUUGCAGUGAAUUUUAUGCACAAUAUGGAAGGUGCUCUGAUGCAACAACAAAAACAACAACAAGUAACUAGUGUGGUUUACAGCCGUCGUCGCCGUCGUCGUGAUGGUGGUGGUGAUACGGACGUGCAAAGUUCUCAUGGGCGAUUGUGGAUGCCUCACCGGGAUAUUUUUUUGAUUGCUUCCGACGGCAUUGCAGCCCUUGACCGGUCUCCGGAGAGCUGUGAGCAAGAGAUGUUUUUUCUUCUUGGAGGUGCACGGCUUUGUCACUUUUGCCGUAUCUACAAAUUGGGUGAGACGCAUCACUGCUCGAGAUGCUGUACCUGCGUGUACGGAAUGGACCACCACUGCCCGUGGAUUGGCCGGUGCAUUGGCAUUGACAACCAUAAGCAUUUCCUCCUGUUCAUGGGCUACCUCAUUAUUCUCUUGGCGACAUCGCUGCUGCACAUCGUUGUGGUUUCCAACACGAAACGCGCUCGUGUUUUUUUAGCGGGCGCACCAGCAAUGUUGCUUCUGGUGAUUAUCCUCGCUGGUGCAUUCAUGGUGGUGUUGCUGGUGUUUUGCACGCAGGACGUAUUAUUGUUAGGAAGAGGCGACAGCACACUACGACUUUUGCGGCGGGAGGAGCGCCGCAUCUAUGAAUCACUGCGCAGCGGGUCGUACAACUAUCUUACGGAUGACACCAGUGACGGCGGCGAUGACACCGUAGUGCGAAGGUUCAGUUUUCAGAACUUGCGUCGUGUCUUUGGGAUAGGCUCUGCGUGUCCUUUAUGGUUUAUGCCGCUGCAACCGCAACGGCUGCUGCUGACGACACAGGAAACACAGUUUUGGGCGGCACUCAAAGUGAUAGCACUGCGACAAAUGCGGUUAAUAGCCGACGCCGAAAAUGACGGUGGAGACAGCAACGAGGAGGAGGCAGAAAUAUGA